AUGACUUUUAAAGAUUAUAUUACUACUUUUUACGGCAAAAAGAUUUACGAUGAUACCAAAAAGUUACAAGAUUUGAAGAUACGAAAUGCUAAUGCAAAAAACCAACUCGUUUUUCUUCAAAAGUGCAUAUCAAAUAACAUAACUCCAAAAUCAUUUCAAAUAAAAACUCCAAUAUAUACUAAAAAAGCAAAGAACAUCAUGAAAGAAUACAGAAAUAAACUAUUAGUUCAUGCUCGUAACGAAGCAAAACACAGAUUUUACUUAAGUGAGAAACUAAUUGAUGAAAUAAAUAUAUUUCUUCAUAAUAAAGUAAGAUUAAAUGACUAUGAGCUAAUUAAUAGUCCAAAAUUUGUGCCAUUUCAGAAGAAAAUCCCUUAUAUGGACAUAAUAACAAAUAUUGAAAUGUGCGCUUUACGACUUGAAAAAUUGGAUAAAUCAAUACAUGCAGAAUCUCUAAGACAAAACUGUUCUAAUAUUUUGACAAAUUCAUUAAAAUUAAGAUUAAAAGAUAAUUUAUCUAAACAACAACGUAUUUCUAUAAGAAAAUUAAAGAUGAAUUUCGAUAUUAAAAUUUAUCCCUUUGAUAAAGGCACAGGUUUUGCACUACUAUACCAAAGAGAUGCAUCUCUUAAAUUAGAAGAAACAAUUAAAAAUAGCAGAAUUAUUGAUUAUGACCCGACACCCAUACUUACUGCCAAAUUUCAAAAACAAUUAUCUAAAUUAAGAAAAGAGGGUAAACUAGACACAACUACAUAUUUUAAAAUGUAUCCGUCAGAUUGUGUACCGCCUAGAAUAUAUGGAAUGGUUAAAGCGCACAAACCUAAAAAAGAUUACCCAAUGCGCCCUGUUGUGUCAACAAUCAACACACCACCAUAUGGAACAUCCGAAUACCUCAUCCAUGAGGUUCAAGUUUUAUUUGAUGUAGUCAAUUUAUAUCCGUCCAUACCCAUUGACGAAGCUAUUCCAGUUAUUAUUGAUAUAUUGAAUAAUGAUAUAGACGACUUAAAGGCUCGAACUAAACUAUCUCUUGAAGACAUACACCAAUUAAUAGAACUUUCAUUGAGUAUUUGCUAUUUUCUAUAUGAAAACAAAAUCCGAACAAUACCUAAUUCAGGUCCUAUAGGUUUGUCUUUAAUGGUUGUUAUGGCGGAUGCGUUUUUACAGAAUAUAGAAAGAAAAGCUCUUAAUAUAGCUACUAUUUGUACAUGUGAACCAAAAACUUUUGUGAGAUAUGUAGACGACUGUCACGCUCGCUUUAACUCAAUAAAACAACAACAAAUGUUUCUAAAUAUCCUAAACGAACAAAACCCUGCCAUAAAAUACAUUGUUGAACUCGAAAACUACCAAAAACAGCUUAACUUUCUAGAUGUUAAUAUUACAAACACAAUACAUGGAGCUUAUGAAUUUCAAAUACAUCGAAAAGAAGCAAUAACUAAUAUUCAACUAAAACCUAACUCAAACAUCAAUCCUAAUAUUAUCACUGGCGUAUUCAAAGGGUUUUUAUGUCGUGCAAAGAGAUUAUGCUCUCAAAAAAUAUCUCAAACAAGAAAUUGA